CUCACAAGAUGCGUCUCGUGCAACUUGGUUUCGUUAAUGAAUAUUAUUAUUACCAGAUUAAAACCCUUUAUAAAGGGAAGAAAUUAGCAAGGGAUUCUCACUCAGAUCAUACGAAACAUCCUAAAAUUUUCGUGGUUAAAUGCUUCUGAAUCCUUUGUUGAGAGCAUAGCCAAAUUGAAAACAGCGUGUUUGGCAAGAAAGAAAUUUGUUAUCAUGGCGUUAGAAGCUGUAGUGUUUCAGCGAGACCCUUUCUGCUAUGGCGGAAGUGGACCCUGCAACACCUAUGGCGUUGGUUUUCAACAACAAGAAGAAAAAGCUAAUUACAGUAACAAUGGAGAAAUGGUUUCCAAAAGUGGAGGAGGAGGAACUAGGGGGUCUUCAUCGUCUUCUUUCAUGGUGCACCAAACCUUAAAGGAAUGGCCAUGGGAUUUCAACUCUUCUUCUUCCCCGGAUAUUGGCUUUUCCACCGGUGGACCGAUAUUCUCUCCGACGGAAGCACCAGCAAUCGACACCCGGUCUUGCCGACGGAGGAGACGGCGACCCAAAAGUGUCAAGAACAAAGAAGAAAUAGAGAAUCAAAGGAUGAUUCAUAUUGCUGUGGAAAGAAAUAGGAGGAGACAAAUGAAUGAUUAUCUUGCUGUUCUUAGGACUAUGAUGCCUAACUCUUACGUUCAAAGGGGGGACCAAGCAUCAAUCAUUGGGGGCGCAAUUAAUUUCGUAAAGGUGUUGGAGCAAAUUCUUCAAUCUUUAGAAGCUCGAAAAAGGAUGGAAAAAAGAUCAGACAGCACCACUUUUUCAUCACUCUUCUCGGAUUUCUUUUCCUUUCCUCAGUACUCAACCAGUAUCCAGACGGAGACCCCCGGCGAGUCCACGGCGGAGAAAUGGUCGUUUCCGUCGUGUUCUUCAUCAUCCUCAGUUGCGGAUGUUGAAGUAACAAUGGUGGAUAGCCAUGCAAACGUGAAAAUACUAUCAAAAAAACACCCAAAACAGCUCUUCAACAUGGUAUCCGGGCUUCACUCUCUAGGCCUAUUCGUGCUUCACCUGAACGUCACAUCUGUUGAAAAUAGGGUCCUUUAUUCCUUGAGUGUCAAGGUUGAAGAGAACUGUCAGCUAAAUACGGUGAAUGAAAUUGCAGCCGCAGUUUAUGAAAUGGUGGAUAAGUUUCAAGAAGAGGCAGCUGCUUAAUUCAUGUUCAAUCAAGUUUUAGGUUUUCAGGCAAAACGACAUCUUUAUGAUGAAACCGCAGGCUGGGCUAGCUGCCUCUUAAUGGGGACUUUACUCAAAAGUCAUUGGCAGACCCUGUUUUAUCUUGCUGCGCCAAUUAAUUAUCAUUGCCUGCACCUAUAUUUUGAUCAUUCAAGUUAGUUUAUAUGUUCAUUGUACCAUAAUUUGUGUAUGAUAUUUUGCAAUUGUAUAAAAGUUUGGCAUUUUAAGAAUCUAUACUAUAUAGCUUUAGUUAUUGUCUAAUGACAU